AUGAAGCUGUCAACUGCGAUAUACACAGCCUUGUCGGUGGCUGCCUGCCAUGGACGCAGCAUCGUUAGUCGUGGAGGACGACCAUUCGACAUCCUCCAAGCGCCCGACAAGAGGGAGCUUCUUCAAGAUAUCGUCACUUGGGACGAGCAUUCCCUAUUCAUCAAUGGCGAGCGAGCCACGAUUUUCUCUGCCGAAAUCCACCCGUUUCGCCUGCCUGUACCAUCCCUGUACCUCGAUCUGUUCCAGAAGGUCAAGGCGAUGGGCUUCAACAUGGUGUCUUUCUACAUUGAUUGGGCGCUGUUGGAGGGGAAACCAGGCGACUUCCGAUCUGAGGGAAUCUUCGACAUAGAACCGUUUAUCGAAGCUGCGCAGGAAGCUGGCAUCUAUCUCUUGCCUCGACCUGGUCCAUACAUUAACGCCGAAGUCUCUGGCGGAGGAUUCCCUGGAUGGCUACAGAGAGUCAAAGGAACACUGCGAACCAGCGCUGCGGAUUAUUUGAGCGCUACUGACAACUACAUGGAGCACAUCUGCUCCAUCAUCGCCAAGGCCCAAAUCACCAACGGGGGGCCUGUAAUCUUGUUCCAGCCGGAGAACGAGUACAGCGCUGCUGUGGGAGUCAAAUUCCCGGAUCAAGAUUAUUUGAAAUAUGUGAAUGACCAAGCGAGGAAUGCAGGAAUCGUCGUGCCCUUGAUCAACAACGAUGCAUGGCAAGGCAAGACUGGCGCACCCGGAACGGGAAUCGGUGCAGUGGACAUUUAUGGCCACGACGGAUAUCCUGUUGGAUUUGAUUGUGGCAACCCCGAUCAAUGGCCCUCAAACGGUCUCCCAACAACCUGGCACAGCGAGCAUUUGGCGGCCAGCCCAAACACCCCGUACUCAAUUAUUGAGUUCCAAGGAGGCGCAUUUGAUCCCCCAGGUGGUUGGGGAUUUGAUCAAUGCGCUGCGCUCACGAACCAUGAGUUUGCUCGCGUGUUUUACAAGAAUAACCUGGCGGCCGGAGUGACAAUUUUCAACAUCUACAUGACAUUUGGAGGAACUAACUGGGGAAACCUGGGCCACUGCGAUGGCUACACGUCGUAUGACUAUGGCGCUGCGAUCAAAGAGGAUAGAUCAAUUACUCGGGAAAAGUACGCUGAGAUGAAGUUGCAAGGCCACUUCCUGAGGGUAUCACCAGGAUACGCAGCAUCUACGCCCGGCACCCUGUCAACGUCACAGUACAGCACCAACGGAGAUAUUGCGAUCACCCCUCUCACUACUGAAGACGGCGAGGCAUUUUUCGUUGCACGGCAUGCCGAUUAUACCAGAACUGACUCGACAUCUUACACGCUCAAACUCCCAACGUCGGCUGGGACGCUCACAGUUCCACAGCUGGGAGGAUCACUCUCCUUGCACGGCAGAGACUCCAAGAUCCAUCUUGCUGACUAUCCAGUUGGCGACUAUAAUCUUUUGUACUCGACCGCUGAAGUCUUCACAUGGAAGAAGGUUAGUGACAAGACUAUCCUUGUUCUUUAUGGUGGCCCCGAUGAACUUCACGAAGUCGCUGUGAAGAAGACCUCCAAGUUUAAGCUGGUCGAAGGAGGCGGGGUGAAGUUCAGUGUCAAGAAGAAUGUUUGUAUAUUCCAGUGGACUACUUCUUCAACUCGAAGAGUUGUUCAAACGGAUUCUCUGUUCAUUUACCUGCUAGAUCGUAACACGGCCUACAACUACUGGGUUCCCGACCUACCAGGAGACGGUGAUCACCCCGCUUUUGGAACCUCGAUCAUGAACCCAGAAUCAGUGAUUAUCAAUGGCGGAUACCUUGUUCGAUCCGUCUCAGUCAAGGGCUCGACGCUCUCGGUCCAAGCAGAUUUCAACAGCUCAACGACUUUGGAGAUUAUUGGUGUCCCGGAAAAGGUCUCUCGGCUCAAUAUCAACGGCAAGGCACUUCAGUACAAGAAGUCAAAACUUGGAAACUGGAUAACCAAGCCAGAUGUCGCCAUCCCGACCAUCCAGGUCCCAGACCUCAAGUCCCUCGACUGGCACUACGUCGACUCGCUUCCUGAGAUCAAUAGUAAAUAUGACGACUCGAAAUGGACUGUGGCCGACCACACCACCAGCAACAAUACCCGUGUGCCUCUUCAAAACUCCGUCUCACUUUAUGGUUCAGACUACGGUUUCCAUGCUGGCGCUCUCAUUUACCGGGGACAUUUUACGGCUGACGGCACCGAGUCCCAGCUUAAACUAUGGACUCAGGGUGGCCGAGCCUAUGCCAGCUCCGUUUGGCUCGACGGCAAAUUCCUCGGCUCUUUCAAUGGAUACGAUGCUACCGGCAACUAUAACUCGACCUAUACUCUGCCGAAACUUGUCAAGGGCAAGCGCUACGUCUUGACCAUCAUCGUUGACAACACGGGACUCAACGGCAACUGGACCCCAGGAUAUGACGAGCAGAAGAGCCCUCGCGGCAUACUCGACUGGGUUAUUAUGUCACCCUCAGGAGGCACAACGCCCAUCACGACAUGGAAAUUCACAGGGAAUCUUGGUGGUGAAGACUACAUCGACAAGUUCCGAGGGCCUUUAAAUGAGGGUGGAUUCUUCUUCGAGCGCCAGGGAUAUCACCUGCCCUCGCCGCCGCUUCGCUCAUUCUCGAGUGGCUCGCCGUUUAAGGGCAUAAGCAAACCCGGUGUGGCUUUUUACACGUCGAAAUUACACCUUGACUACCCUGCUGAGAACUUUGACAUCCCGCUUUCCUUCACUUUCACGAAUAGCACUGGCGAGACAGGUGCCUACCGUGCUCUGCUCUUUGUCAAUGGCUUCCAGUUUGGCCGCUAUGUCAGCAACAUCGGCCCCCAGACCGUGUUCCCUGUCCCCGAGGGAGUGCUCAACUACCGUGGAGAUAACUGGCUUGGAAUUGCGUUGUGGGCACUGGGGGAUGGUGGUGCCAAGUUGCCUGGGUUCUCACUUACGGCGGGUGCACCGGUACGGACUGGUCGGCAAGCAGUGAAGGUUGUACAAGGACCUCAGUACAGCCGGCGGCAGGGAGCAUACUAG